AUGGCGCCCGAACUUACCCUGUACCAUGCCACUCACGCAUGCUCUACCGUUGUUCACUGUCUUCUCGAAGACCUCGGGCUUCCAUUCAAAGAGAUCAAGAUGAAGAUGGGCCCCAAUGGCAUCCAGUCGGUGGACGGUACCAUCAACCGCGACGAGUACCUCAAGAUCCACCACAUGGGGUACGUACCAGCCCUGGUGGCCGAUGGCGAGAGCAUCACCGAGAUGCCAGCUAUUCUUUCCUACAUCGCCAACCUCCGUCCCGAGAAGUGCCUCCUGGGUGACGACAGCUUGCAGCAAGCGCGGGUCCUCGAGUGGCUUUCUUGGCUCUCGGGAGCGCUCCACGGCCACGGUUUUGCAAUGGCAUUCCAACCUGGUCGAUUCACGGACGACAAGUCGCAAGGACCGCAUCUGAGGGCCAAGGGGUUGGAUUUUGUCAGGAAAUGCUACGCAAGAAUCGACGAGCGACUGGAGGGCAGGGAGUACCCCGUCGGCAACCGCGAGACGGUUGUCGAUUUCAACCUAAUCAUCUUCUGGCUGUGGGGACUCGAGCAGGAGAUCGACAUGCCGGGGCUGUAUCCCGAGUACGGCAGGCUCAUCACGCGCAUGGCGAGGAAAGAGACGGUCAAGAAGGUGGACAUCUACGCCCAGCCUGCACUGAAAUACAUCCCGAAAGAGGAAGAGACCAAGCUAUAG